UGUAACACUUAUUCCGUCAAAAUGUUUAAACUUGUGGUUGUGGCUACCGUCUUGGCGACUGUUUAUGCUGUCGAGUUCGAAUUUAAGAACUUGGAAAUCGGCGAUGUCUGGGUCGGUAUCCAGGGGAAUAGUGGAAAAGAUGCUUUGGAGGGAGGCGGCUUCGUCCUGGCCCCUUCGGCAUCGCGCGUCGUAACAGCUCCGGAAGACUGGGCUGGUCGUUUCUGGCCAAGGACCUGGUGCGACGCCGGCACCAACCAUUGCUUGACCGGCGACUGUGGAGACAGACUUCAAUGCGGAGGUAACGGCGGUGCCCCACCAGCUUCCUUGGCUGAAAUUACGCUGAAAGGAGCCGAUGGUCUCGAUUUCUACGACAUCUCCCUGGUGGAUGGGUUCAACAUUCCAAUAUCUUUCGAGCCUGUCAAUGGACAAGGUGACGGUGGCCAAUAUAGUUGCAAGAAAGCUACCUGCGCUCACUACAUUAAUGACGACUGCCCCGAUGCCCUGAAGCUGAACACCGACAGCGCCGUCGUCGGUUGCAAAUCCGCUUGUUUGGCCUUCAACACUGAUCAGUACUGUUGUCGCAACGCAUAUGGAACUCCCGACACAUGCAAAUCCUCCGAAUGGCCAGUAGACUACCCCGCUUUCUUCAAGAACGCUUGUCCGGAUGCCUACAGCUACGCUUACGAUGACCACAAGAGCACCUUCACUUGUAAGGCCGAAAAAUACAUUAUCACCUUUGGUAUGUAAGAUUUUCAGUUCAUUCUUAUGUAAUAAUUAUAACCGUAAAUUGAAUUGUAUUGUAUUAACGUAUGUAAUUAUUUAAACCUAUCAAAUUCAACAGUGUACACUGUUUUACUAGUUUUUAAUUCAAAAUAAAGUAACAACUAACUCUUCUUUGAUUAAUAAAAGUAGUAGCUGUAUAAUCCUUACACACGAGCAAUAUAUUAGUUAAUAAAGAGUAAACGUUCA